AUGGACGCAGAGCCAAACGCACCCAUGCCAGCAUUCAACGGAGCAGGGUGGUUCAGCGGCGUCAAAAUCAUAAAAUGCAAGGAUGACCCCACGCUCACAUGGCCAAAGGAAGCGGUAAAAACGCUUCACGGCCUGUGGGAGGGGGCAUCACUGGAAAUUGUUGAUCGCAGCUGCAUUCCCUCAAUACCGAAGGGAAAGGUUUUCAUUCCGCGAGCUGUAAAACCGGAAUAUGCGCUGCGACUACUACAAGGACAAAACACGGACGUGCCGACAGACGAUUGGAAAGUGUUGAGCAUGGCAAAACCAGCAACUGCUGAUAGUGGCCAAGACUACAUUAUCCAAAUCAACAAGCCGGCAGAGUAUCUGCUUUACGCGCGAUUCGGGAAGAUGGCUUGGGGAGUUGGUAGCGUGCACCUACGCCUCAAAAAGCGCAACCCGACAGAUGACAACCACAACACGCUCGCUGCGGGGGAGGUGGAAUAG